GCGCUUAGCGUGGUACGAGUGCGGAGAGGAUUUUCUGUGAAAGCUGAUUGCUAGGAUUGUUAAGAUUGAUUUCAUUGUUCCGGUCGUCGGCGGUGUUGAUCAGGUUUGCGACGUUGGCGGGAGAGGGUGUAUGAUGAAAUUCGUGCUUGAGUAAAGUCAGUUCGGAGGAAAGUGACAUAUUUUUAUAUAUUGAGGAUACUUUCGUUCGACGAGGAGGCUGAAUGCUUUAUGAUUGUGUUGAUAGAUGGUCUGUAGACUUUGUGUUGGAUCAACAGAUUGAAGGUUGAGUGUAGAGGUGUGGCGGAUUUGUUGAAUGGAUCAGUGCGGCGUAAUGCUGGCGCCUGCGUCCAGCAGGAAGGUCAAGUCUAUGAUUCCCGAGCAUUGUCUGCAGAACAUGGACUCUUUGGGAUUGCAGCAACUGGAGCAUCUGGAGAAGGAAUUGGAGCAAGCCAAGAAAAAGAUUUUGGUGUUGAAAGCUCAGGAACAUCGCGAAACUUCCUCUCCUGAUACCAAACAAGUUUCUGAAAGUAGAUAUUGGACAAAUGAAGAGCGUCAAAGAUUCAAAAAAGCUCUUAAAACAUUUGGAACAGAUUUUGCUGCUAUUGCCAAGUUCGUAGGCACACGCAGUUCCACCCAAGUUCGCACUCAUGCGCAAAAAUACUACGCGAAGUUGAUAAGAGAUUACAAACGCUCAGGCAAAGCGGGAACAACCAUGAAAGCUCGAGAGGAUGCAACCACCAGGCUACCUGCAAUGUGAUUUUUCCUUAGUAAUUAUCUUAGGGAGCAUUCCCUUAGUGAGCAAGAUCAUGAGGCUUUUAAACAGAUAGAAAUUGCAAAGAGUUGAAUUUAUCAAUCUAGAUCGUUCCAUGACACAAGUGAACAGAGUCUGAAGGUCUUCAGAUCCAACUUCCCCCCCUUCUCCCAUUCAUUCCAGGAUGACAAAAACUUGGUGUCGGCCACAAUUUGGCGUACGCCACUGUUUUUAGUCUUUGUUUUUCCGGCAAUUUAAUUAAUCUCUUUUGUUCUCUCU